GCUUUCUACAAGUUUGUUUAUCCCUGGCGGCAUAUCGAAUGUACUCCAAUGACUGGAAGUUUGUCUCGUUAUAACAUAUCUGUUGUCGAUGGCUUCGUUCGAGAAAGCACAACAUUCAGAGAACUGAGCAGUAAUGCAAAAUGCAUACUUGCUGACAUACUUUCAAUGACGAAUGGAGACCUGACAAAAACAGCAGCGUACCUGGACAGUCUCUUAAACAAAACCCAGAUGAAAAUAAAACUUCUUUCGAAUGGAAAUUUGAGCGACGAAGAAUUUUAUACAGAGCUUAUAAAGCUUAAAAAUGAGCAAAGGGAUACUGUUGAUAUAAUUGAGAAACUUUACUUCAGUUCUGAACUUGAUGGUAAAGAUUUAUCAAAGGAUUUUCUGAGCAAUCAGUUAAAUAGCUCCGAAAAUAUAUAUUGCAUCUGUAAUAAAAGUAGUCAUUUACAUCAAGAAGAACCUAAAUCUAAAUAUACUGAAAAGAAUUUUGAAUUUUCUAGAACGAGGGGAUGCAAUGUUCCGGAGACACAAAACGAAGAAUGUGGGUGUUCAAAAUUUGGAAUUGAUGAAAAUAAAACAACCACUGACAACUAUGGCAGUAAAAAUUUUGUUCUUGAGUCUAGGCCAUCAGUCACACCUUGGCGACACCAUAUUACUGUACCAGAACCCUUUGAAAUGACGAAACGAGAGGAAUCUUUAAAACGUAUCAAAAAUCUCCAUAAUGAAAACAGAUGUUCGCAACCUGCCACUGUUCAGGAUGAUAUUAAUAUACACCUCAGCAGACAAUUUAAAGCUAAGCCAGUACCUUCACAUGUGUAUUUGCCAUUAUAUGAGAAAUUAAUGGAAGAUAAUGCUCUCAGACGUGAAGCUGUCAAAGCGUAUCGCAAAGAAAUCUUAAAAUCAAUCGAAAAACCGUUUAGCUUUACCGUUAGAGAGAACUUUAAAAAAGAGCAGAAUGACUUCAGUCAGGAAAAGAUUAAGCAAGAUAUGAACUUCGGCGCUGAUAAGAAACUUUUACAUUCUAAAGAUGAUGAACCUCCAGACCCUUUAAACUUGCCAUCACAGUUAUAUGAAAAAAGAUUUGAACGUAUGCAAGAGGAUCUACUUUUAAAACAAAUUAAACGUCACCUGCGUGCCCAAAGACUACUACAGUCGGCUUCUUUACCACCAGGUAUGGAGGAGCGACAACAUCGUAUGAAUAUGAGGAAGCAAGAAAGAAAAGCUAGAGACAAAAGACUUAAUCGAAUUACUGUUCUUGAUUUAGAUAAACCAGAAACAGUACAAAAACAAUAUCAUCAUUAUCAUCCAGCUCCGGAUUUUAAACAGUUACACUGGAAAUCUAAUAAAACACUCCGACGUUUAUGGAAGCCACCACCAGAGCCAACUAGACCGAAAUCAUUUAAAUUACGAACAAGUGAACGUGCUAAUUCAGUUGAUCGUCGUUCUUUGGAAAUAAGUAAGAUGAAAAAGACGGAAGAAAAUAUUUCUCAGUCAAUUGUGAAACAACCAGUUUUAGAUUCUUCAAUUCCACCAGCCUUAUCAAGAUCAACUUUUCUUCGUGAGAAUUAUAUUAGAAAUUCACUGGCUAAAGCAGAUUUAGAUGCAAAAAAGAAAGAAGAAACAGAAUAUUUAAGAAAAAUGAAACAGAAAGAAGUGUCCAAUACAAUGAAGGAAACAUUAGGCGGACAAAUCAUAUCACCUAAACAACUUAUCAAUUCAAUUACCGAAGAGCGUAAACGUCAGUUAGUUCAAGAUGAUUUAACUCGUCAAGCAGAAUAUCAACGUGAAUUGAAUGCAAUUCAACAACGUGUUGCAUCUAAACCAUUGUUGUUAACAAGACAAAGUCAAAUUGUAGCUCGUAAACGUGUUGAAGCGAAAUUCGAUGCAUCUAUUCAAAAUGCUGGUUUAAAUUUAGAGGAAAUAAUUGAAAAAUGUCAUGAAACAAAUGACAAAAAAACAACUGACAAAAAAUUUAUGACAAAAGUUUCUGUAGAAGCAUACGACCCUAAAAAUCAUUUUGGUGACCUAGGAAACAACUAAAGCAAUAUGAAAUUGGCAUAUAUGAUUUUACAUUUUUACAGUAAACUUUUAUUGACCAUUUAUUUAUUCAUCUAACCAUUAUUUCUAAAUUGUAUCCUUGUAAUCAUGGACAGAUAGAGUUUAUUACUUAUAUUCAAUUUGAACAGUACCACUGAUUUUAUGCAGAAUAUCAUUAUAAAUCUUAUUUAUCAAGAUUUUAUUUUGGUUUAGAUAAUCUUUCAUCAGUUUAAUGGGUUUUUAAAUUUUUCAGUCACAUUCCCUCCUUUUGUGUCAAAAAAGCUUUUGAAGUUUAUUUAACUACUUGUAAGUAGGCAAAUUAGCAAGAUUUAAAUUUUGAACAUCAAAUUUAUCGCAACCUGAUAUAUAUAUAAAGAUUUUUACUGUUAAGUUGUCAUACCGACUAAGUGGAAAAAUCUUGGAGAUUUUUAAAAAUAGAACUGUACUAUUCAG